CCCAAUUCCCCACCAGGCCACCACCAUUAGAAGCCAUGUAGGCGCUGCCGCCAUGACUCCCUCCGGCUUCCUCCACGGCGAUGUCAACCGGUCUCCUCCAAUCCCGGUCUGGAGCUUCUCUUCUUCCUCUGCCUCAUCCUCCUCCUCGCGCUCCAUCAUAGCGAUCCCAACCACCAUGCGCAAGCCACCACUGCCGCCCACUCGCCCACAAUCCUGCAAUCGUCCUUCUCCAGUCAUCUUCAUCUUCACCGAACCGAACUUUCGAACAGGCGGCCUGAAAAGAAAAGGACGGCCGCGUCAGACAUCCCCCUGCGCAACACCUGACAAAUCCACCUCGCCUUCACCGAAGCAAACCCCAAGCAGCAGCCCGGCGACGAUGGCUCAAAGCGGCGGCGGCGGAGGCGGCGUCCUCGACCUGGAGCGGCACUUCGCCUUCUACGGCGCGUACCACAGCAACCCGGUCAACGUCUUCAUCCACGCGCUCUUCGUCUGGCCCAUCUUCCUCACGGCCCUGCUGCUCCUCCACCUCGCCGCCCCGUCCCUGCACGCCGCCGCGGUCGGCGCCGCGGUCUACGGGGCCUUCUACGUCUCCCUCGACCGCCGCUCGGGCGCCGUCGCCGCUGUCCUCUGCUUCCUCUGCUGGGCUGCCAGCGCCGCCCUCGCCGCCCGCCUCGGCUACUCCGUCGGAUGCAAGGUGGUACUGAUAACUCAGCUGUUUUGCUGGACUAUGCAAUUCAUUGGCCAUGGAGUUUUUGAGAAGCGAGCGCCUGCUCUACUUGACAAUCUUGUCCAGGCUUUCUUGAUGGCCCCAUACUUUGUGCUUCUAGAGAUUCUUCAUAAGUUUUCUGGGUAUGAACCAUAUCCUGGCUUUCAUGCCAAUGUACAAAAGCUGAUUGACGCUAAGCGCAAGGAGUGGGAGGAUAAGAAAGCAAAGAAAAGGACCUGAAAUGUGACCAAGAACUCCUGAUGCUAUGUCUGUCGUGUAACAGUAUAAUAUAAACUUAAUUGUAGGGAUGUGACGAACAACUCCUACUCCUGAUCCACCAUGUUUGUUGUUGUGUUGAUGUUGUGAAGAUAAAUUUGAACAAUAGAUUAAAUAUUGUCCAGAUAUGUGAACAGCUCUUGAUGCUGCAUUGCUAUAUUUGUUGGACUCUAUAUAACAGUAUGAAACGAGAUCCACCAUGUUUGUUGUUGA